GGCCCGCCCUCCCGGGUCAGCCCCGGUGCGCAGGGCUCUAGCGGGGACGCUGCUGGGCUCAGUGCAGAGCGGGCCCCGGCGCGAUGGCGAGCACGGCCCUCAGUGUCGCCGGGCGGCGGCUGAGCCAGCAAAGCGCAUCCAGAGGCCCGGUCCUCCUUCGGCAGAUGUUUGAACCCAAGAGCUGCACCUACACCUACCUGCUGGGCGACCGGGAGUCCCGAGAGGCCGUUCUGAUCGACCCGGUUCUGGAGACGGCGCAGCGGGAUGCUCAGCUGGUUAAGGAGCUGGGGCUGAAGUUGCUCUUCGCCGUGAAUACUCACUGCCAUGCUGACCACAUCACCGGCUCGGGCGUUCUCCGGUCCCUGCUCCCAGGCUGCCAGUCCGUCAUCUCCCGCCUCAGCGGAGCCCAGGCUGAUCUGCACAUCGAGGAAGGUGAUUCCAUCCGCUUUGGACGCUUUGCUCUGGAGACUCGGGCGAGCCCCGGCCACACCCCAGGCUGUGUCACCUUUGUCCUGAACGACCACAGCAUGGCCUUCACUGGGGAUGCCCUGCUGAUCCGAGGGUGUGGACGGACAGACUUCCAGCAAGGUUGUGCUAAGACUUUGUACCACUCGGUGCAUGAGAAGAUCUUCACACUCCCAGGCAACUGUCUAAUCUACCCGGCUCACGAUUACCACGGGCUCACGGUCUCUACUGUGGAGGAGGAACGGACUCUGAACCCACGGCUCACCCUCAGCUGUGAGGAGUUUAUCAAGGUCAUGAACAACCUGAACUUGCCCAAGCCGCAGCAGAUAGACAUUGCUGUUCCCGCAAACAUGCGCUGCGGGGUCCAGACUCCACCUUCCUGACUCGGCUGAGCCAGCUGCUCAUAUCCGUUAAGAAUGCACUAGGUGGGAUGAGGGGAUGGCGCCUCUCUCCUCUCCCACCCCUACUCUCACCAGCUAUUUGAGCUUCUUA